AGCGCGCGGCGAAGCGGCAGCCGAGCGCAGCGGCGGAGCGGAGCGGGUCUGUGUUCGCCUGAUUUACACCGGGCUGUCUCGGCUCGCAAUAGAGCCUGGGUCGCGGCGCGAUGCUGGGGCUGAAGGAGGACCGGUGUUACGGGCUGUCCAACGGAGAACCGAGCCCCGGCGGCAACGUCUCCGUUUUCCACGUUAAACUCACUGACAGCGCGGCAAGAGCCAUCGGCGCCUUUCACCACGGCAAGGGCUUGUCGUCACGUCCUACCAUCUGCUUUAGUGGAAAUCAAGGGAGAAUCAGCGUUCCUUGUUCAGAGAACAGAGAUGAAGUGAGGAUUUUCACCUUUGGCGUAACAAACGUUGCCCGUAACAAUCCACAUGGAAGCUUUGACUGCGUCAGACAGCGCAUUACUGGCGCUAAUGAAGAGCUGUCAUGUCUUGGGGUGAUUCAGAAGAAGAUGACAGUCAACGCCACAGAUGACUCGUACGAUAAGGCUCGUCAGAGCAUGGCCCAAGCUGAGGAGGAGAUGCGCAGACGAGGGGCCAUUGUGAUCAAAAAUGGAGGACGCUUCCAGAGCAAGAAGGUUACAGUGAGAGCUCCAGCGCCCGCGCUGGCUAAGCUGGCCAAACCCAAACACUCAUCUCACUCUCCCCUUAGCAACAUUAAGUUGGGGAUGUCAAAGCCAAAAAAGGGGCCGUUUCCGUCGACCAGGUGCAGACAGAGCGGGGCUGAUGUGCUAGAGAAGCCUCUCAGGGAGAGAGUAACGCACUUGCUGGCGCUGAGACCCUACAAGAGGCCCGAGUUGAUCCUGAGGCUGCAGAGAGACGGACUCGCCGAGGCGGACAAAGAUGUUCUGGACUCAGUUCUCAUGGAGGUUGGCCAGCUCAGCGCCAGAGACAGCACAUUUCUCCUGAAGGAUGGUCUGUACAAGGAGCUGCGCAAGGACUGGCCCGGAUACUCCUCGGGGGACCAGCAGCUUCUCAAACGCAUCCUUGUCAGGAGGCUGUUUGAGCCGCAACCGAACCUCCUCACUGUCCCUGAGGCCCAGGUCAGCCCGCUGCGAGACACGCCCAACUCCUCCCCAGCACACCGUCCCAAACUCUGCGCACCCGAGGAAUACACCGACCCCCUGGCCAGCAAGAAGCCGAGGAUAUCCCACCUGUCGGGCAAAAGCGGCAGUAAAAAGUCUAGAUUUCGUCCAUCGGAGCAGUCGGACCAUAAAGACGCAGACGUGGGAGCAGACCCGGGGCGGUGGGGCUCUCUUGAUGCGAGCAAACUGUUAGACUCCCUGUCGGCAGUCUGUCAACAGGAUGCAGAACUGGUUAAAAGGCUAAACCCAACUGAUGCCGCUCAAGAGGGGCCUAAAGACCCGGAAGACCCCACGCCUAACUGUGACCCCCACCCAUCUCCACCCAGAGCACCGAGUCUCAACAGACGCACAGCCAAGCGGAAGAAGAGCAAGCACAAGCGCAGGGAUCUGGAGGAGGAUGGGUGGAGAGACAGGAAAGAGAGAAGAAAAGAACACGGCUCAAAAGAUCCAGACAGCAAAGACUCUCUGGACGGCAGAGAAACAGGUGAAAUGCUGUUUGACUCGACCGUGGCUGAAGAGGACAAUGACGCUGCAGACUAUUUAUUGACGUACAGCACGAUUUGCAGCCAACACCAGAGGCAGAGCUACAAACAAGACUUCAACAAGGAGUACAACGAGUACAGGGACCUGCACGCGCGCAUCGACGGCAUGACGCGGCAGUUCAUGGAGCUGGACGCGCAGCUCAAACAGCUUCACCACGACUCGCAUAAAUACAAGACGGUUCAUAAUAAAAUUCUUCAGGAAUACCGCAAAAUUAAAAAGUCCAACCCCAACUACAACAAGGACAAGAUCCGCUGUGAAUACCUUCACAAGAAACUGGCCCACAUUAAGAAACUCAUCUCCCAGUUCGACCAGCAGCAGCUCGGCGUGGACCGGUCCUGUCCCAAGUGAAGAGCCCGACUCCAGCGAGUUUGGCAAAGACGAGAAACAACCGGAAGCUUGUAGUCUUCCUGGCUGAAUGUGUUCAGGAGAGCCGCUGUAGUCGUCGGGAAGGCUGGGAGGCUUUUCUGGAGCGAGGCGCCGGCGUGUCGUCGGCAGCCGGCGUGAGGUGUUUUCUUCACUGAAUCACUGUUACUACAGAAACAGGAUCACUGGUGCUGAUGCUGAGUAACGAAGGUCCUGACGCUCCUAAAACUGGAGACACAGAUGAGAGCCUGAAAGCAUUUGUAGAUUCCAUCACACGUUUCACAACUUUUUAUAAAGAAAAUCCAUCCGAGUGUUUGCCUCUGUUCUGUUGGCCGUCUUAGUGUUUAUAAACCGGAAGCAUGAGAAAACUGCUGUGUACAUACUCCAUGAGUGUUUUUGAAGGUUCCUCGUGCUGGCAGCAGGAACACUGGCGUGUCCUGUGAAGACUUCCGUCCCUCAGUGUUGUCUGGGCUUGGUGAGACCGGCGGGUGUUGUUGAGGUCUGUUGGUGUUGGAUCUCAGGGGGUUCUCCUCCGUCACCGUCCACUGACACAGAAAACCAUGCUCCUGAGAAUGUACAGUCAUGAGUUUCAGUAAAACUGUAAAUUAAAACGGGUUCCAUCUGAUCAAUGGAACAAUUUUGCAAAGUCGUUGUUACUGUUGGCUGAGAUGUUUAAAAAAAAAAAAAAAAAAGUUGUGAACAAAGGUGCAUGCUGUGUAUUUUUGCAGAAUGCAUGAUAAAUAAAUUAAAAACUUUAGUUUACAAUAAAAACCUUUUCUAUUGAUUUUGUCCCCAUUUUUCUGGUUUCCACUGUUGCUUCUCUUUCAGGUUAUUGAUAGAUGUGUUACAGCACGUUUAUGUUUCCAAGGACUGAUGGGUUUAAUGAAACUACAGUACGUAUUUAUUCCAUAAUCACAUAUUCUGUUUUGAUAUUUUUUUUUUGUUAGGUGAGUCGAUAUUUCAUCAAGCUUUGCUAAAAACAUCUCUUCUACCUAACGGGUACGCAGCGUGCAGCGAGAGUGUGUCAGUUUAAUAUCUCUUAAAUCUUGUAUGAAAUGUCAGGUGUUGAGUUUGUUUCACCACACGGUGCUGAUUUUUAAACGGGCUAGAUAUUUUUAUAUUGAGCGUCUUUCCUGGAAACUCGAGUCGCCUUUUCCUCGUCUCUUACUAGAUUAAAGCCAGGCUACCAACUCCCAAAUGAUGUUCUUCACCCACAGUUGUUCAGGUCACAUUUCUCUGAUUUAUGUCUAGAAAGUCGUGUAUGCUCUGGAUUACUCUCACGCUGGGGGUUUCCUCGUCUGCAGAGCUCCAGGACACUUCCAACCAGCUUCUAAUCUUGGUAUAUUCACAGGCGUUCGUGUCGCAGUCUGUAAAUGUCCCCCACCACUGCCCGAGCUCCAUAUCAUCACUCUCCCACCUCCAUGCUUCCCUGUUCCGCUCAUAUUCCUGAUCCUUAGCCAGAUUCAUUUGAAACCUGCUGAAAUCUAUCUGAGAUGGAACAAAUGUAAUUUGAUGUUUGGCCAAAGAUUUUGCGUCU